AGCACCGUGUCGCACGCAGACGACGACACACACGCCGUUUUUGCGCGCGUCGAUGACGUUGGCGUCACUUAGAUCCAACUGGGAAAACACAACAGGGGCUUUUGCUUUACAUCAGAAAACAGCACAGCAAUGAACUGGAACAAAGGUGGCCCAGGUGGGAAGCGGGGUUUUGGGUUUGGAGGAUUUUCCCUCGGAGGUGCAGGGAAAAAAGAAGAACCCCGCCUUGCACAGAAAUCACACACAUCCUUCACAGGAUCAGCUGGGGGAUAUGGAAAGAGCCAGCAGCUCCCCUCAUUCUACAAAAUAGGGACAAAAAGGGCCAAUUUUGAUGAAGAAAAUGCGUAUUUUGAAGAUGACGAAGAGGAGUCAAGCAGCAAUGUGGAUCUGCCGUACAUACCGGCUGAAAACUCGCCCACACGCCAGCAGAUGCAGUCUGGUGGAGGCUCAGACAGCGAGGAUGACCCCCUGGACGCCUUCAUGGCAGAGGUUGAGAGUCAAGCAGCCAAAGACAUGAGGAAGCUGGAGGAAAAGGAAAAGGAGAAAAAAUCUGCUAAGGGUAUUCGUGAUGACAUUGAGGAAGAAGAUGAACAAGAAGCCUACUUCCGCUACAUGGCAGAGAAUCCCACAGCUGGGCUGACCCAGGAGGAAGAGGAUGAGAACAUCGACUAUGACAGUGACGGGAACCCGAUUGCACCAGCUACCAAGAAAAUCAUCAUGCCCCUUCCUCCUAUCGACCACUCUGAGAUUGAUUAUCCACCUUUUGAGAAAAACUUCUACAAUGAGCAUGAAGAGCUCAACAGCCUGACAGGAACCCAAGUGUUGGAGUUAAGGCACAAGCUCAAUUUGCGGGUGUCUGGUGCCGCCCCUCCCAAACCGUGCACCAGCUUUGCCCACUUUGGCUUCGAUGAGCAGCUCAUGCACCAGAUUCGCAAGUCUGAGUAUACUCAGCCCACACCGAUUCAGUGCCAGGGAGUGCCCAUAGCUCUGUCUGGACGUGACAUGAUUGGUAUCGCGAAAACUGGCAGCGGCAAAACUGCAGCUUUUAUUUGGCCCAUGCUAGUUCACAUCAUGGACCAGAAGGAGCUGGAGGCCGGAGAGGGGCCCAUUGCAGUCAUAGUAUGCCCCACCAGGGAGCUUUGUCAGCAGAUCCAUGCAGAGUGUAAGCGGUUUGGGAAAGCCUACUCGCUGCGGUCUGUGGCGGUUUAUGGAGGAGGCAGCAUGUGGGAGCAGGCCAAGGCUCUUCAGGAGGGAGCAGAGAUUGUGGUUUGCACUCCGGGUCGUCUGAUUGACCACGUGAAAAAGAAGGCCACAUCCCUGCAGAGAGUGACAUACCUCGUAUUUGAUGAGGCAGAUCGCAUGUUUGACAUGGGCUUUGAGUACCAAGUGAGAUCUAUUGCCAGCCAUGUCCGCCCAGACAGACAGACCCUUCUGUUCAGUGCUACUUUUCGAAAGAAGAUAGAGAGGCUGGCCAGAGACAUCUUGGUUGAUCCCAUUCGUGUGGUGCAGGGAGACAUUGGAGAGGCCAACGAGGAUGUGACUCAGGUGGUGGAGCUGCUGUCCAGCGGGGCAGAUAAGUGGACCUGGCUGACCCGGCGGCUGGUUGAGUUCACCUCGUCCGGUUCGGUCCUCAUCUUUGUCACCAAGAAGGCCAACAGCGAGGAGCUGGCCUCUAAUCUGACACAGGAGGGCCACAGCCUGGGCCUCCUGCACGGAGACAUGGACCAGAGCGAGAGGAACAAGGUCAUUGCUGACUUCAAGAAGAAGAAUUUGCCCAUUCUGGUGGCCACUGAUGUAGCUGCUCGUGGUCUUGAUAUCCCAUCCAUUCGCACAGUGGUGAACUAUGAUGUAGCCAGAGACAUUGACACUCACACACACAGGAUCGGCCGAACUGGUCGCGCUGGAGAAAAGGGCGUGGCUUACACCCUCCUCACCAGCAAAGACACCUCAUUUGCUGGAGACCUUGUCCGUAAUCUGGAGGGAGCCAAUCAAAGCGUUUCCAAAGAACUGAUGGACUUAGCCAUGCAGAAUCCCUGGUUCAGAAAAUCCCGAUUCAAGGCUGGCAAAGGAAAAAAGCUGAAUAUCGGCGGAGGCGGUCUGGGGUACAAAGAGAGACCCGGCUUGGGGGCUGAAAGCUCUGAUCGCAGCAGUGGGUCGUUGUCUCCCUCUAGUGGCUAUGAAAGCUACAGCAAACCAGCCACAGGGGCGAUGGGAGACCGCAUGUCAGCAAUGAAACAAGCCUUUCAGGCUCAGUAUAAGAACCACUUUGUGGCUGCGUCCAGCGUCUCUCCUAAGCUCACCACCAAGUCCAGUAGCUCAUCUGGCUGGACCAGUGCCGGCAGUCUGAGCUCUGUGCCAACAGAGGCUGCCGACAGCUCUGAACGGUCCCGGGCUGCAGCUGCAUCCAUGGCCCCCCCGCCUUCUCUCAGUAUGGGGACUAAGAUGGCCGGCUUUGCCAGCGCUGGCUCCCUGAGCUCAGUGUCCAACAGUCAAACGAGCUUACAGCACAGCUACCCCGUGCCUGUCCCGUCCUUGCCGAGGGACAGCUCCCGCGACAGGCAUGGAGAGGACAGAGGUCGCCACGGAGACAGUCACUAUCGUCACAGUGACAGGAGCGAUCGGCACAGCAGUGGGGAUCGCCACGGGGAGAGGGACCGCCACGGAGACAGAGAUCGUGACCGCUACAGCGACCGGGAUCGCUACAGCAGCAGCAGCAGCAGCCGCCAUGGUGACAGCCGUAAUGGAGACGGAAGCAGAAGGGACAGAGAUGACUGGAGGAGUGAGAGGGAUGGGGGAGACAAGGCGAGUGGGGAGGGCAGGGGAGACCGGGGGGACGAUAGCUUCGCCAUCCCUGAGCCACCAAAACGUAAAAAGAGCAGGUGGGACAACUAAAAUAAAACAGGCAAAACAAAACACUGAUAGCAAAGUAUCUGCAACAAACUCCUUGGUGAGCUUCUGUAGGCUGACAGUAGAGCAUAUCAGAGGAGGCUGACGCAAGCACAGGAAUUUAGGGGUUAAUUUGCAAAACCUGGGUGUUUUCCAGUGCGGACAGAACGGUACUGAAGGUAGUGUCAGAUUGGCAAGGAACUUCAGAUUGUGAGCGCUUUGAUUUGGUCACAGCUCCUCCUGGCAUCCGACAGACCAACACAUGCAGCUCAGCGAUGGCCACUGUACAUACACCAUCAAGACUGUUAUUGCAUCAAGUCAGUAGAAUCGAGCAAUAGAGCUAUAAUUGAUUCGGAUGUCGGUAAACACUCCCAAGUUAGGACGUGUUGGUUGUCGUCUUGUUUUCUCUCACCGAGCUCCUACAUGCUUUUUUGCUUGCAGAACUAAUGCUGUAUUUUCCUAAUGGAUCUUUGAUGUGUGUGUGAGUGUGUGUGCGUGUGCGUGUGCGUUUUGUUAAUCUGCAGUGCUAACUCUUUGUUAUACGGAACUGUUUAAUUUGGGAAGGCGCUCCAUGGCAAAAUACAUUUGUUGUACGUACAUGUCAAAAAAAAAAAAAGAAAAGAAAAGGUAGAUCUUAGUGUGUUGAAGUCUUAGUGAAGUGCCUUUCCUUGGCAUUUAGUGUUUCUAUGCUUUUCAGAUGGAAUUCAUUGAGCUGCAUUUGUUUAUAUUAGAAGAAUAUCAAGUGUUCAUUCACAAGUGGAUAAUGUGAAGUUUUGAUUAAAAUUUUCUUGUCAUUUAUUUUUGUAUCUAUUAUCUAUGGCUGUUGUAGUAUGUCCCUCACUCUGUUUCCCACCCAGAACAUGCACAGCUUUAACCGAGGCUGAGCUCAGUUAAGUCUUCAAAUGCAUUCAUAUGGAAAAAUAUUUUGUUUUUCUUCGAUCAGCAAAUAAAUCUGGAGCAUUUAUUCUUGUGGUCA